AUGUCCGCAGCAGCAGCAGCAGCAGCAGCAGCAGCAGCAGCAGCAGCAGCAGCAGCAGCGGGCAGCAGCGCGGAGAGCCUGCGGGGGCUGCGCCGCAGCGGCGCGGUGUACGUCUGCUGCCCCGGCCGGGUGUACGUACAGUGGCAGCAGCGCUGGCUGCUGCUGGAUGGCUUUUUGCUGAAGUGCUUCAGCAGCAGCAGCUCCCUCAAACCCAAAACUUCCAUUCCCCUCGAGUCUGCUGCUGUCGAGGGCUUAUUUUCUGCUGAGGACAACUUGAGCCACAGCGGCGUGGAGCUCUACAGCUUCUGCGUUCGCUGGCAGCCGCAGGCAGCAGCAGCAGCAGCAGCAGCAGCAGCAGCAGCAGCAGCAGCAGAGGGAGAGGGGGAGGAGCGCGACUGGCUGCUGCUGCACGUGGGACUUGAGAGCAAAGAGGAGGCCCAGAAAUGGCUGGCAGCAAUUCUUGCUGCAGUGUCGGCCUGCAGCACGAAACCUCCCCCAGUAGAUUUGCCCCACAAUUUGCUGCCGCUGCCGCAGCAGCCGCUGCCGCUGCUGCUGCUGCUCAAUGGCACGCAGCCCCCAGCAGCAGCAGCAGCAGCAGCAGCAGCAGCAGCAGCGGGGAGUGGGGGCGGCGAGGCAGCAGCAGCAGCAGCAGCAGCAGCAGCAGCAGCGGGGGAGGAGAAGCCGCUGCUGCCGGGCAGCGCGCCGUUUCAGGUGGACUGGCAGCAAAUCCACUGCAGCAACUUGGGCUGCUUCUGGCGGGACUUGAGGGGCCCCUCACGUUUUGCUGCUCAGACACAAGUGGACGCGCCACAGGAAGUGGUGGCUCGUCUGCUGAUGUGUCCGGAGUGUCUGUACAGCCCGUGGGGCACAGCAGUGUGCAGCGAGCAGCAGCAGCAGCAGCAGCAGCAGCUGCAGCAGCUGCUGCUGCCGCUCUCUCUGGGCCAGUGGCGGCUGCUGGAGCCUCUUGACGCAGCAGCUCUUGAGGGCGACAGAAUUCUAGUUCGGCUGCCUCCCCCGCUGCUGCGGUGGUUUGCUGCUCCUGCUGCAGCAGCUGCUGCAGCAGCUGCAGCAGCACCUGCUGCAGCAGCAGCUGCAGCGGACAGCUCCGCAGCAGCAGCAGCAGCAGCGGAAGCGACUGCAGCAGCUGCUGCAGCAGUUGCUGCACAGCAGCGCAGCAGCGGCAGCAGCAGCACAGCAGCAGCAGCAGCAGCAGCAGCAAAUCUACUAACUCAAGCAGGAACAAUACAGGCAGCAGCAACAGCGGGCACAGCAGCAGUAGCAGCAGCACUACGGCCACCAGUGACAGCAGCAGCUCCCAUACUGACAGCAGCAGCAGCAGCAGAUGCAGCAGCAGCAGCGGCAGCAGCAGCAGCAGCAGCAGCAGCAGCAGGUUUGGUGUAUAUGCUGUUUGCAGAUGCUGACGGCACUCUGUACAUAAUUGGGAGCAGCACAGACAUCUGCAAUGCUGCCGUAGCUCCACGCCCUGCUGCUGCUGCUGCUGCUGCUGCUGCUGCUGCUGCUGCUGCUGCUGGCAGUUCAGAGGCGACAGCACACGGGAAGUCUGCUGCGUCCUUGCUGCCUCAGCCGCUGGCAACAGGGGCCGCAGCAGCAGCGGCAGCAGCAGCAGCAGCAGCAGCAGCAGCAAGGCAGCUUGCUGCUCUCACUUGGGACCUCUUUAGGCGCCGCUGCGUCUCAGUGGCCUCUGUUGGCUGGCAGGUAUCUAGGGACAACGCGGACCCGGCAGGGCGGUGUAUUGUCACUUGUGUGAUUACACUAGCCUCGCCGCAGCAGCAGCAGCGAGAGCCUGCUGCUGCUGCUGCUGCUGCUGCUGGUUCUGCUGCUGCUGCUGCUGGUUCUGCUGCUGCUGCUGAGCGGCUGGCUGCGUCGGCCGUUGCAACGGUGAUUGCAGCGGGGCUGCAGCAGCAGGAGCAGCAGGAGGAGCUGGAGCAGCAGCAGCAGCGGCUGCUGCUGCCGCUGCUGCUGCUGACAGCAGCUGCUGCUUCUCCCCAGACCAGUGCUGCCUCAAUUGCUGCUCUUUCCUUUUUGUCUCAUGUCCUUUUGCUUCCCAAAAUUUUAGUUGCUGCUCGCGAAGAUAAUGCAGCAAAUCCGGCGCCUGCUGCAGCAGCGGACGUCUCUGUGGGGGAAGAUUCCCCAGCAGCAAAAGGAGCAGCAACGCGAGCAGCAGCAGCAGCAGCGAACUUCGCAGCAGCAGCAGCAGCGGGCGUGGCCACAGCAUCGGGUGCGAGCGCGUCUGCGGCCUGCGACGCAGCAGCAGCAGCAGCAGCAGCAGCAGCAGCAGCAGCAGCAGCAGCAGCCAGCGGCCCCGGCUGGGCCUACUGCAGCGACCUGCAGGGGGUGGUUCUUGACUGGGGAUACAUUUAUUCGCAAGACAACUUGUCGAGGCCAUGUCUGAUUCUGCGGCUGUCCAAUUUGCUGCCAUUUGCUGCAGCAGCAGCAGCAGCAGCUCGCGCGCCGCGCCCCGCUGCAGCAGCAGCAGCAGGGGGCCCCCCCGCCGCCCCAGCAGCAGCAGCAGCAGCAGCAGCAGCAGCAGCAGCAGCAGCAGACUGGCGGCAGUGUUUGCUGUUUUUAAUAGAAAGUGGCAUAGCAGCAAACCAAAACGAGGGGCAGCAGCUGUGUCUUCUCGUUGAUGCUGCUGCUCUUUCUUUUUCUUCUUUGCCGCUGCAGUCCCUCUUCAACUUCUUCGCCCUUUUGGCCCCCCUCUACUCCCACCACCUCGGUGAGAACCAGCCGCUAGCCAGCUAG